CGAGUAGCUCCAGUGUUGUACCUAAUAAUGGCUGCCCACAACGAGGACCUGAUCCAUGUGGAUGACUUCGACUCGUUCGAGGACGAAACAUACGGCUCCCUCUCGGAUGAUGGGAGCAGCUACUUGACGUCCAUCUCGACGCACAUCCGCAAUGGCAUUGAAGAAAACGGCCGCAAGUACCCCGCCUAUGGCAGAAAUAUGUACGGCCUCCCCAUCGACGAAAGGGAGCAGGAGCGCAACAACAUCCAGCACGUCAAGUUCCGCAAAAUCAUCGGCGGGGCGCUGCACCGUGCUCCGAUCCCCCUCGCGCCGGCGAGGAUCCUGGACCUGGGCACCGGGUCGGGCAUCUGGGCCAUCGACGCCGCCGACCAGUACGAAACCGCCGUGGUGACGGGCGUGGACAUCGCGCCCGUGCAGCCCGAGUGGGUGCCCCCGAACUGCCAGUUCGAGGUGCAGGACAUCGAGGACGAGUGGCUGUUCUCCACCACCAGCUUCGACUUCAUCCACGCCCGCGAGCUCAUCAUGGCCGUCCGCGACUGGGACCGGCUGUUCAGACAGGCAUUCGACCACCUGCGGCCCGGCGCCUACAUGGAAGUCGGGGGCACGUACCCGACGCCCACCUCGGACGACGGCACGCUGCCAGCGGACUCUCACCUGAAGGAAGUCGAGCGGCUGUUUUUCGAGAUGGCGGAUGCCAUGGGCACGCCGCUGAACGCGCCGACGCUGUGGAAGGCCCAGAUGGAGCGCGCCGGCUUCGUCGACGUCACAGAGUCCAUCUACAAGGUGCCCCAGGGCAUCUGGCCGAAAGAUGGCCGGCUCAAGGAGAUCGGCGCCUACGAGAACUUCAGCCUCCGGAACGGCCUGGACGCCUACCUGCUCCGCGGCUAUACCACCAUGCUGGGAGGCAAUCCGGACGAACUGCAGAUCCUGAUCGCCGAGACGAAACGCGAGCUGCGGAAUCCCAAGAUGCACAGUUAUAUCUUCUAUUACAACGUCUAUGGAAGGAAACCUGCCCCCACGCAGUCUUGAAAUCCAAGAGGCGAGGCGCUCUAUCAGUAUCCCACCAAGUGCACCUCAUCUCGAGGCCAUGUGUCAGGGAAACCCGGACAGAAAAGCUGUCAACGACUUCACUGACCAGAUCUCACAUGGCGCAGUCACUGAUGGUAUCAUCUAGACAUCACCGCCAGCAAUGGAAAAAAAGGCGUUAUCUGAAUAAUCUGCCGAUGAGCAGGAGGCUGAGUCGAGAUUGGCUCGAACCCACUCCCAGCAUGCCAGGAGACCGACGGCAUUCCAGACGGCGAUUCUGUCCACCUACAACGGCACCUCAAUACUCCGCUUCUGCCUUCUGCUCACCACGGCGGAACUGUCGUCCACCACCAAUGCACGUCGUUAUCGCGCUCGGCUUUCCUCCAAAACAAGGACCAUUGAGGAUGGAGUUUCAGGCGAACAUUGCCCCGAGGGACGCAAGCAGUGUCGGUGAUCCAGGCGUCUGGGAGGUUUCUGGCGUCCCCAUCAAGGACAAUCUCCUUGGGUUUGUUGCUUUCUCAAAACGCGGCAAUCCAGACUGAUGCCGCUGGUCAGUAUGAUUCGCACUGAGAACAAAAGCACUUUGUAUUCGCUUACCAUGGGUACACGGGCAUGAAGCCUGGCUGUGUAAGCGGCCGGCUAUUCAAAAAUAAGCCCGCAUAAAGAACUCCAAUAACAUGGAAGUGACCAAAAUCCCUGCUGGUCGUUGCUUUGACCGGGCAUGCGCGUCUUGACAUCGUUCUUCCUCGUGGACCUCGCGGGUCAGGUGCGGCGCGCCCCGUGCUUGGAGGGUUUCCUGGCGGCUUUCGUGUCAUGCCUUUACCUUCUCUGUCUUGGAAGUGGCGAGGGUAUUUGAGUCUAUUUCUAUGUCCCGAGUCGAACUUUCGGAGGCUCUUCUGGCCUUCCAGUUCGAGACGAUCUCGUUCUUGAAUUCUUCCAGCUCGCUGUCGUCGCCGAGGAGGAGUGUUUGUGGGGUUAUUGUCGUCGACGUCGCCACCGCCACCUCCACCGGCUGCGACGAUUCCCAAUAGAGCCAGCGGCGCAUCGCGUCCAUGAUCUUCUGCUGCUUCGCAGGGCCCGUGAGCAUCAUGAUCUCGACAAACUCGAGGGCCUCCCAGGUGCGCAGCGCGGGCAGCGGGUGUCCCGGCCCGUGGUAGAACCACAGGCCGUGCUUCUCGGCGCACGCGACGACAAUGUGGAUGCAGUUCUGCAUGGCGAACCGCGGGGGCACGCUCAGGUCGACGCCCUCGUCCAGGCUGUUAGCCGUCAUCUCGCCGACGUCGGCCAAGAAGCGCUCCGCCGCGGCGUCGACGUCUUGCAGGUUGCACAGGAUGCCGUGCAGGGCGUAGAUGCUGGCCAUCAGCAGCCGCUCGUCCGAGACGGGCAAUCGGAUGGACUUGGGCGCCAGCAAGCGGCCCAUCGCCGUCGUCGGGCCCAGGGCCAGGCGCCGCGCCGCCCAGUAGCGGCACUCUCCGUUCGAGCGGGC